UACACAACAGUAAUCAAGAAAUCCUCAUUUGUCUUUGUUGAAAGUUAUCGAUGAUUAUUAAUAUUAUCUUGAACAAGCAGACUACGUAUUGUAGUAUCUGAAUAUUAUGGCCAGUGAAACUCAGGCAAGCAGUAUUACAGAAUGGACUGAUGUAUCAUCAACCAAUGAAACGAUGGCCAUUGUUUCCAAUGGUUACACAAUUCCGUGUGAGGACGAAAUAAUGGCGGUGUGUCGCGAUUUGUCGAUCAUGAAGGACAUCGAGAAGAAAGCCUUUUCUCAACUCAAGUUGUUGUCACCCGCAACCAGGGAACAUCAAUUUCCAGUGAACGAGUCAAUAGCCUGUGCGUUGUAUAUGACUAUUGUGGAUGUACGGAUGCCGUAUGGACCUCAUGAUCCGCAGCUCCAGCGCGGGUUUCUUGAAGCACCUUGUGUCACGGUGUCAGACAUUCUGCAGAGGACAAACAUAAACGUGACGACGCUCUUCCACCGCAUGAAGACCGUGAAGGAGAGUUGUGACGUGAGCGAUGCCGUCAGUCAACACCUCCUGCUGUUGGAGAAGAAGUACUGCAUUGUGUCGGCUCUGUUCCACACCUUCGAGAGGUUUGUCACAUAA